AUGAUUCUUCUCACCGUGCUUUUCCUUUGCAUCAUUUCCACGUAUUCAGCCUCUGUUAAAGGGCACACCACUGGACCAAGCCUAAAUAAUGACAAGAUAUAUAAAUUUGCUUAUUCAACUGAAGUGUUUAUUGAUCAGAUUAAAGCAUCACUACAGGAUAGUGCAGGCUACCGAAUUUCUUCUGGUGUGGAUGUCAACCUUUUAUGGAGAAAUCCUGACAACGAUGAUGACCAGUUGAUCAAAAUUAUGAUAAGAGAUGUCCAAGUUGAAAACGUAAAUGAACGUCCGGAUACUAAAAGCAUCUUCGAAGGAAAAAGCACAGAGAAGAUCAUUGGGAAAGAAUAUCUGGAAGCUUUACGGAGGCCCAUAGUUCUUCAGUUAACCCGUGGAAAAGUAAAAAACUUCUACUCUUAUCAGAAUGAACCUGUUCUUGUUCAAAAUCUUAAGAGAGGUCUGGCUAGCCUUUUCCAGCUCCAGCUGCACUCCGGUGCUGCCCGUGAGGUGGAUGUGUCUGGGAAAUGCAAUGUUACUUACCAGGUUCGGCAAGAUCAAGUGACUAAAAUUAAAGCCCUGGACUCUUGUGAAUUAGAAAAGACAGGAUUUACCAGCCCCAAUCAGAUUUUAGAUGUCAGCACAAAAGCCACAUCUGCCACAAUUUAUGUGCUGGAAGACAGUUUCAUCAAAUCCAUUAAGGCAGAAGAGAAUUACGCUUUGUUUCUGAAUUCCCGACGAAAAACAGAUGCCAAAGUAGUUUCAAAGCAGAGACUGGAACUGAAGUCAAUACAAGCCAGCCCUGGACUGAUCGCUGCGAAGCAAGUUGCUGGUGUCAUCAAGACUUUGGACUCUAGUUACGUAGCAGUGCCGCUAGUGGCCGAGACUGUGCAUGCUGAAUGCAAAAAGUGUCCUUCACUUUCUGAACACUGGCAGAGCAUCAGAAAACAUUUACAUCCUGAAAACCUUUCCAAAGCUGAAGCAACAAGAAGCUUUUUGUCCCUCAUUCAGAACCUAAGAAAAGCUACAAAAGAGGAGAUACUGCAGAUUCUUAGAAGUGAAAAUAAUGAACUCCUUCCACAGUUAGUGGAUGCUGUAACCUCUGCCCAGACCUCAGCAUCUUUGGAGGCCAUGCUGGAGUUUCUAGACUUUAAGAAUAUAAAAAGUGCUAUCCUGCAGGAGCGGUUCCUGUAUGCAUGUGGAUUUGCUUCCCAUCCCAAUGAAAUGCUCCUGAAAGCUUUAACUACUAAGUUCCAGGGUGAGAUUGCAGAUGAAGAAAUCAGAGAAACUGUUGUCAUCAUCAUGGGAGCACUCAUCAGAAAGCUCUGCGAGAGAGAAGGCUGCAAACUUCCAGCUGUUGUGGAAGCCAAGAAGCUGAUUCUACGUAGGCUAGAGAGAGCUAAGAAAGGUGACAAUGUGAAGAUGUACCUGCUGGCAUUGAAGAAUGCACGUCUCCCUGAAGCGAUCCCAUUGCUUCUGAAGUACGCCGAGUCAGAAGAGGGGCCCAUCAGCAACAUCGCUGCCACUGCCCUGCAGAGAUACGACGUUUCUUUUCUCACCAAAGAGGUGAAGAAAACAAUGAACAGGAUAUACCACCAGAGUCGUAAAAUCCACGAAAAGACAGUGCGAACUACUGCAGCUGCUAUCAUCUUAAACAGUAACCCAUCCUACAUGGAAGUGAAAAACAUCCUGCUCUCCAUUGGUGAAUUGCCCCUGGAAAUGAACAAGUACAUGCUCUCCGUAAUUCAAGAUAUACUUCACUUUGAAAUGCCUGCAAGCAAAACAGUUCGUCAAGUUCUGAAGGACAUGCGUGCUCACAACUAUGAACGCUUCUCCAGGACAGGCUCUUCCUCUGCCUACUCUGGCUAUAUGACACGUGGUCCUGACAUAUCAUCCACAUACUGCCUUGACAUCCUCUAUUCAGGCUCUGGCAUUUUAAGGAGAAGUAACCUGAACAUCUAUAUUUUCAAUAAAAAUGCUCAACUUCAUGCCAGCCAGGUGGUGAUUGAAGCUCAAGGCCUGGAGACGAUAAUAGCUGCAACUCCUGAUGAAGGCGAGGAAAACCUGGACUCCUUUGCUGGCAUGUCGGCCAUUCUCUUCGAUGUCCAGCUCAGGCCAGUUACGUUUUUCCAAGGGUAUGGUGAUUUAAUGUCUAAAAUGCUCUCAGCAACUGGAGCUCCCAUUAAUGUGGUGAAAGGACUUAUCCUCCUGACAGAUUACUCACAGGUGCUUCAGCUGCAGUCUGGGCUGAGGGCCAGCGUGGAGUUCCAAGGUGGCCUGUCCAUUGACAUCUCAGGAGGAAUGGAGUUCAGCCUUUGGUACAGGGAAUCCAAAACCAACGUUAAGAAUCGGGGAGCCCUGUUCAUUGCUGGUAACAUUGCGGUGGAUUCCUUGUUUGCAAAGGCUGGUAUGGAAACCACUUUAGAAAUAGAAACAACAUUGGACUUCAUCUCCACCGUGCAGUUUUCACAGUACCCAUUUUUAGUCUGCAUGCAGAUGGACAGAGUUGAAUCUCCAUUUAGGCGAUAUGUGACUAAAUAUGAAAGUCUACCAUCCGGCAGAAGGUACACCUCAAGGAAAGCCAAAGUGGAACUGCUGGCAGGUUCCGAGUACCCUCUCCACCAAGAGAACUCCAACAUGUGCAGGAAGGUUUUCGGCACUGAGUCUGAUUCCUCCAGCAACUGGUUUUGA